AUAUGAUUAGAUUUUUGAGGCGAAUACAAAACUUUUGCAAUUAAGCAGAAGUUUUUGAUGUUGCUGUGGUUGGUGGAGGUUCAGGAGGGUUAGCUUUUGCUCUUGUAUAUAUUUUUAAUUAUAUAUUAGGAAGGUGCAAAACUUGGAUUAAAGAUUGCAGUAUUUGAUUAUGUCACACCUUCGAGUCAUGGCUCCACUUGGGGUUUAGGAGGGACUUGUGUUAAUGUUGGAUGCAUACCAAAAAAAUUAAUGCAUCAAAGUGCUAUAAUUAAAGAGAAGAAUGUAAGUUCUAAUCCUUAUGGAUGGACCUCUAGUUUUUAAGAAUAAGUUGAUUGGAAUAUUUUAAUAGAAAAUAUCUAGAAUCACAUAAAAGGGCUGAAUUAUGGUUACAAGGGAAAUUUACAAAAAUAGGGAAUUCUUUAUUUGAAUGAUUAAGCAACUUUUAAGGAUAAUCACACAUUGAUAUAUGGAAAGCCAGAUGAUUUGAUUGCAUAAGAUAAAAAUAAAUUAAAGGAAUUAAAAUUUAGAUAUUGUGUUAUUAGUACUGGGGGACGUCCUACAAAAUUAAAAUCAUUAGAAAAGCAUGCUAUCACAUCAGAUGAUAUAUUUUCAUUAAGGAAACCACCUGGUAAGACUCUUGUUGUUGGAGGUGGAUAUAUUGCAUUAGAAUGCGCAGGAAUUUUAAAAGGAUUAGGUUUUGAUGUAACAUUAAUGACAAGAGGAAAGUACCUUAGAGAAUUUGACUAGGAUAUUGUUGAGAUGAUUUUAGAGCAUUACUAAAAAUAUUUAAAAGUGAAUAUUAUACCUUAAUCAUUGCCAUUUCAUUCAGAAUAAAAAAAUGAUAAAAUCUUGGUUAAGUGGCAAUCUACUGUUAGUGCCUAAGAAGGCAGUGGAAUCUUUGAUACUGUUCUUAUGGCUAUAGGCAGACAAGCCAACACAAAAUUGCUCAAUUUGGAUAAAUUAGGAGUCAAAGUGAACCCUACUAACAAUAAAGUAAUUAUUUAUAACAAUCCAAGAUUAUAGGAAAUUUGAAUGGAGAAAUUGAAAGAACUGAAAUCGAAAAUAUAUUCGCGAUUGGAGACGUUGUAAAUGGAAUUCCAGAAUUAACUCCAGUUGCUUCUAAAAGUGGUCAAUUGUUAGCCAAAAGAAUAUAGCUUCUAAUAAGAGGUUCGUUUCUAUCACAAGAGUAUGAAAAUACAAAAUUGGAAUAUAGUGAUUAUCCUACAACUGUUUUUACUCCUCUUGAAUAUAGCUUUGUUGGCUUAAAUGAAGAAUAAGCUAAGGCUAAAUUCGGAGAAAAAAACAUUGAAAUCUAUCAUUCAAAAUUUGUUCCUUUAGAGGAAUAAUUAUGCGAUUAACUUGAUGAAAAUUAUGAACUUCUACAAAAAAAAGUAUAUGUCAAAGUUGUAUGCAAUACUUCCAAUAACAACAAAGUAGUUGGAAUACAUUAUCUUGGACCAAAUGCUGGAGAAGUUAUGUAAGGAUUUGCAGUUGCAGUUAAAUUAGGAAUGAGAAUAGAAGAUUUAUAAAGAACUGUAGGGAUUCAUCCUACAAAUGCAGAAGAACUCGUACUACUUAAAGUUACAAAAUCUUCAGGUGGAGACUUUGAAAAACAUGGAUGCUGAGCUUGAGUUUCUCAAUAUUACUAAUCUCUAUUAAAUAUAUAUAUACUUUGGUAUAUAAUUUAUGAAGCAUACAAUCG